AUGGCUUCACAAAAGUAAGAAAACAGAUUAUUCAAUUUAACUCCUAAUAAGUCAUAACAAUAACUUUAGCAAUCUACAUUUUUUUAAAAAGGAUUUGUUAGUUCUAAUAAUUUUCCAUAAAAAAUUGCUCCAAAUUAUUAAUUUACAUAUGAAGGCAUGCCAAAAGUGAAUUGUCAUUAUCAUGUUGAUUAAUACAUAACAAUGUUUUGUAGAUGCUAAACAUGUUAAAUGCCUUUAUGUCCAUAAGUAUAGAAAUGAUGUAAAAAAUAUAGUGCGUAAAGAUCCAUUCUCAAGAACAUUAAGCAUACAAUACAUAUGGAGAUUUCGACACUCUAGAGAAUUGUUUGACAGAAGUCUAUUAAUCUGUGGCUGUAAAUUGUAAUAGGUUUGUAGAUGAAAUGGGUUAAUUGAAUAAGGUAACAGCAUUAAAUGAAGGAAUAAAUUAUUAUAUGGAUAAAGUUAAAUAAGCUAGAUAAUAAUGUUAUUAAGUUAUUGAUAACUUUUUUAAUACUUUGGAAGCAGAAUUAGCUUAAGAAAUAGAAGGAAAUAGAGGUUUUAUGACAAAUUAAUCUUAAAACUUUAGUAAAUACUUAUAAUAAAGAUGGAAGACAUUAAUGAGUCUAUUAGAAAAAUUGAAUACAGAUAGAUGUGUGAAAACUCUUGUCAAAUAUUAUACAUCUAAUCUUCCUUAAGAGAAUGAAGAAUAUUAUCAUGAAUCUAAUUAAUUUAUGAAGUAGUUUAAUAAAUGUGUUCCUGAAAUUAUUUUAGAUAAAAGUGCAUUAUACGAAUUAAAUAUUGAUUUGGCAAAAUUUGUAUCUUUAAAAAAAGUACCUGUAAUGAAAUAAGUAUCAAGAGGAUAUGCUCCUCAAUAUCCUUUAAAUGAGGCAGUUUAACCAAUAUAUAAUUAAUUUAAUUAGCCUCUAUAAUAAAAUUAAACUUUAAUGCCUUUGACGAAUACUGAAACAUAAGUUGAAGGUCCAAAGUAAUAUCCAGUUAAAUAAGGAUAAUUCAAAUAGGAAUAAAGUCGUCCUAUGUAAUAGGAGAAUACGUAAAUUCAUCCGUAUUUAUUAACACCUCCGAAAACAAGUAAUUUUUAUUAAUGA